CCAAACUCGAGAAAUAAAGCUAAAGAGUACGAUAAAUUAUCAAUUGGGAUAUGCGAAAGAAAAUAAAAUGAAGAAAGUGGUUUGGUUGGUCAUGCCUAUUUGGAGUUUGAUGUAUUAUAUCUUAAAUGCUGAUCCGGCAAAUUUUAUCUACUGACAUUGAAAAUCAGAAAAGGAGGGGAUUAGAUGAUUUACGGUAUCUAAGCGAUAAAAUGAAUGUCGUAGUUUCUAAUUAUUUUUGUCGGAGACACCAUAAUCAAGUCAUAAUAUCUCUAACAAAUCUCUCAAUAAGGAAAAUCGUCAUUUUAUUGCACAUGAAAAAGGAAUUCCUUACUAAAUGAAACAAUGAUAUGAACUUUAAUUGAUAUUUCGUCUGUACACAAAUAUAAAAAUCUUAACAUCAAAUGCAACAUUUUAUACCAGGCCAUCAGCUGUUUUCUCGGUUACUAUCACUUUUUCUGCAAUACAAUUACAUUAACCAAAUAUAAAAACCAAACGCAAGCAGGAUUAAUAUAUCGAAAGUGAUGGAUGAAAUUGAGAUGGAAGGAGGGAAGAUGUCAUAAAGUUCAGGUUGCUCUCAAUAAAUCAUCAAGUUAUCUUAAUUAAGGAGAGCGGUUUGAUGACUCUAAAACGGAAAAAGCAUUGAUUGACACAAAAAGAAUGCGGUCUCAUCGACAAUUUACUACAGAAGAAAUUCUCAGACGUUUAGAACGAUGACUUUGUAAUUCCUUUUAGUUUUACCGAUACCAUUCUUAAAAUUGGAAUGAAUAUAUACACAACUUUUUUCUACCGUAAUAUAGUUUGGGUUAAAAGAAAGAAUUUUUCUAAAACAAUUUUUUGAACAAAUUAAUAUACUCAUCGUGUUGUUUUUUGCCACUCGAAGCUCUAUGAGUAUUGAUAUUUCAACAUGGCUUAUAUACGAUUCUUAAACGACGACAAACGUUAUUAAACGGAGUUUGAUUUUGUACCAGUCUAACUUUUAGAGCAAACACCUGAAUUUGCACAAUAGUCAACAAGCCAUAAUCAAGCAUGAAUAAAGCCCGUAAAAUACAGAAAUUGAAGCAACAUUUUAAAAGAAGAACUAAAAAGAGGAGAAACAAACUCAUAACCUUGUAAAUGUGAAGGCAGUUCAGAAGUUACAGGAAUAGAAAAUUCUUGUCGUCGACCUUACAACAUUGUCCUGCCUUCCCCAAAGAAAAGAAGAAAGCGUUGGCAUGGCCACUAAAUCUCAAUAUAAAAAGGGUUAAACAUUUGCUGAUACUACUUGUUAUUUUAAUAAGCUUUAAAUGAACGAUCUGAUUUUCUUGUAAUGGUACACUAUUUCUUUUUGAGAAGAAUCUAGUUCUCACUUUGAAGAUCAGAAAAUGCUAACGCUGGCUGCUACACAACAAUCGCAACAGUGAAUUAAAUACUUUAUUCUUUUAAUCUACACCAAUGCAUGAUAGCAUGUCCCCUUUAACAAAGCAAUGAUGUGAUAACGGUACUAUAAGUUCAUAAAGUGUUCUUGGUGAAAAGGAACAUAAUUAACAUACCAUAUGACUUCCCUUACGUAUCAACACAUAUGCAACUUCCCGAUUCAAAUAACAAAUUACCACAUUUAAAUUGCGUAUAUUUCAUGCAAUACGUCGCUAGCUUUGUAUAUCAGGAUUCCACUUUUUCUUGACAUCUAACCUUUGAAUAGUUUUAUACAAAUGACUUGACCAUUUCCUUGCUUUCCAGGAUAACGUAUUACCGGCAUAUGAGCAGAAGCGGAUAAUGACGUACUUAAUAAAUUUGUAUAAAUAGUUGAACAGUGAAGGGAUAUUCAUCAGUUUAAUUUCAGCUUUACUUAUUUACAGCCUCAGCUGAAAGCACAACUUUUAUUCGACAAGCAUCAAUUGGAAAAGAUAACUAUAUUAGUAACAGAGAAAAUGAAGCUUGUCACUGCUUUUCUCUGCACUUUACUGUUUUAUGGUAAGUAUGACAUAAUUUGAUGUAGUUUAUUAGGUGUAGUACGGGUGGUAUAGGUGGCUAGUCGAAAAAAAAAGUCAAUUUAGAUACUUGUAGAAAAUCAAGCCUAAUGGGAUCAGGAAAAUAGUCUGUUUUUUUGAUUGUGUAUAACCAAUUGAAAAUUAAAUAACCGUUCAUUUUAGUUGCAUAUUCCUUACCCGUCGAAGAUAAUAAUAAAUCUGCAAUGGAGGAAAUCCUGGAUAUCAAUGAAAUAAGCAGUGGUAAGGAGUUUUUAGGAAUGCUACUGAGACUAGCAGUUAUACUUAUGCAUGACUUCAAUAUGGAACAACUUAUUUUUCUACUGCAUAGAAAUUUAACAUUGAAAAUUAGUGCAUGCUUGAUUUGAUAAUUUACACCCCUCUUAUUGCUGCAGAUAAGGAGCAGUUGUUUUUCGGUGACGAGAAGUUAACAGAGGAACAAAUCGCCGAAUACGAAGGAAGAACCGUUAACUCUGAAAUUCAAAAUGGUUUAACAAGAAAAUCGGACGGAUUAAGAUGGCCAAAUAAUGUUUUACAUUACACAGUGUCUCCCCAAUUUUCUGCUACUCAGAAACGUAUUAUUCAAGGUGCAAUCAGUAAAAUUGAAUCAAACACCUGCAUUAGAUUUACCGAACAUCCAAUUGGUAAUGCACCAGUAAAUCAUGUUGAAAUAUUUCCUGGGAAAGGCUGCUGGUCAUUUGUUGGGCGACAAAACAAUAAAAAACAACAGCUUUCUUUACAAAGCAACGGAUGCGUUCAUGAGUAUAUUGCCAUCCACGAACUGCUCCACGCCCUCGGCGUCUACCAUGAGCAAUCGAGAAACGACAGAGAUGAAUACGUAACUAUCAAUGUGGAAAAUAUCAAGCCAAAUCUUAAACACAACUUUGAUAAGAAAAAGACUGACAGCUUGGGUGUUGAGUAUGAUCCUUAUUCUGUCAUGCACUAUUCCAAUUAUGCGUUUAGUAAUAAUAAACGACCAACAAUAACUUGGAAGAGAGACCCAAACUUAAGAUUUGGAGGAAGAGCUCUUACCCAGUUAGAUAUUCUGCAGCUGAAUCGAUUUUAUGAGUGCAACAAUCCAGUGACGUCUACUACAACGACGACAACUACAACUACAACUAGACGACCAACGACAGUUUCAACGACAACUAGACGACCAACGACAACUACAACGACAACAAGACGACCAACGACAACGACAACUACACGAUCAACGACAACUACAAAGACAACUCGACGACCAACGACAACUACAACAACAACUAGACGACCAACGACAACUACAACGACAACUCGACGACCAAUGACAACGACAACUACACGAUCAACGACAACUACAAAGACAACUAGACGACCAACGACCACAACCACAGGACCUACUGGUGAAGUGUGUGCGGACAAAUCAUAUUAUUGCGGACGUCCUGAUGCGUGCUUUGAGUACCCCUCUGAAUGUCCGAGACGAUGUGGACAAUGCAGUAGCCCUCAAUCCGACCAAUGUAAGCUGUUUAAAGACUUAGAAGGAAGAAGCAGCUGCAUGGCACAUGGGGAGGCAAACGGAUGUGUCCAGUCAAACGCUGGCUUGAAGGAUAGGAUAAGAAAAGUAUGUACACUCACAUGCUGCGAACGAGGGGAGCUAUAUGAGUAAUUAAUAUUACUAUUUUUUUAUAUUUGUGAGAGAGUACAUUAAUUUUUAACUUAUUUAUUUAAAGUAAACUACGAUCUUGUAUUGUAAUCUUGUAUUUUAAGCACAAUUUUUUUAUACUUAGAAU